UGCCGACGGCAUCUCCUUUUGGCUCUAUGCCUCCAUGACGUUGCCGGAAUCUAGUCGUCAGCUAUUCUCCAUUUACAGAGAAUUCAUUCGCGAGACCCGAUAUCUACCCCAUGCAUAUCUUAGGCAUUUCUAUCGAAUCAAGGCAUCUGAUGAUGUACGGGCAAUCGUAGAAACAAAAGAUACCAAAGGACUUGGCCGGCGAAAGCUGAAGCGCUUUACAAAGGAAUUGGCCACCGUCAAGGCUGCUAUCCAAGGGAACGCGACUGCGUUCACCCACGUUCUUGAUGUUGCAUACGGGAGAAAGGGAAAGCUACGGUGGGAGCUGAUACAACCGCUUUUGACAGACCCUAAAGCCAAAAAACCACCUCCCAUUAUACCAGCGGUCGAAAAAUCUCGGCCACCAGUAUACCCUAAAGAGCUAGCUGCCCUGCUUAUCUCGCCAGCAAGUCGGUCGAACAAGAAAGUCCUUACUCUUGAGGAUCUCAAGACGCCUCCAACCCUUCCCUCGCGUGCCGACCCUACAUCUGAAGACGCCAAACUUCUGGGUCCCCUUAGCAAACGACGCGAAGUUAACAUUAGAUGGCGUUUCUUCACCCAGGAGUCGAGGAAGGUCUAUCCUCCUUUAGAAGUCAAGGCGAAAGUUUUCAGUGACACUCCUGCGAAUGCAUCGCCAGUAACCAUUCGCGAGGCUGGAAUCAGAGGCUUUGGUUUUCAAGGACAAGGACUUCUUGAAGACAUUCACAGUAUUGUUGGACAGGGAAAGGAGGGACUUAGGCCAAUCACGCGGAGAGAGCGUCAGGCCAUGGAAAGGAAUGGUCAGACUCCAUCCACUCCCGCUCCUCGACACCCCUCAAGAUGGCUUCGCCGGCGAUAUCAGCAAUUAUUGGGCAAGUUGCCUCAAGUCACGUAUAUCUACCAAUCAGACGCGAAAUCAGGUCCGAAGGAUGGAAAAUACAUGGUAUCCUUGUCUGACCAGUCUAUUGCUGCAUCUGUGGUACCAGUUCAUCAGUACAGCGAACUUGACUCAACGGCGCUAGCUUGGUACGAUAAAGCGGCACUCGAAGACUCACAGAAACCUGACACCGGUAAGAAGCGUAAGAAAUAGUCCUUACAUAUAUAAAUAAAUAUGUCGGUAUGCUACAGUAAAUAGUGAUCAUGAUGCCGAAUUCUCCAUUUCUAAUCCAUGCAGGUCUAUGACAUACAUGCUAUAGUUACGGUUGAUUGCCUUGGAGGCUCUAGGGUCUCCUUCUGUCUGGUCGACUCCGCAUUGUAACCGUAGCAUUGUCAAAUACUCAUCGAAAGUGAACAUU